AACGCGGUUUUCAGAUUUGCACUACAUCAGCUUAAUCAGAACAUCGUAGUUGAGCGGCGUACUAAGAAGUCAUCAUAAGUGCAAAUUUCUUUUUUAAAAUUAAAAGAAAUGCGACGACUUCAAAUAUUAUUGCUUCUUAGCAUCGCUCUGUGCCGAUCUUUUAUAAGUGUGGUGUCCGCGACUAACUGCACCGUCGCGAAUGGCGAGUGGAAGUGUCUGAAUGGUGAUUGCAUCUCAAUAAAUGUGCUCUGCGAUGGCAUCAAGCACUGUCACGAUGGCUCCGAUGAGACCAGAAAGUCUUGCGAAAAUGCGAUAUGUACACCGUUAUCAUUUCGUUGUGGUUACGGUGCGUGUAUACCGUUGACACAGCUCUGUGAUGGUGUAGUCGAUUGUGCAGAUUCGUCAGAUGAGAAUAGUGAGAUGUGUCGCAAACGACGUGAGGAAGUACCGCCUGAUGAAAGUGACGACAAUACAAAUCAACUUAAUUGUGCAGGUUGGGGCCAAAUGAAGUGCUGGUCAGGUCUUUGUAUUAGUGUAGACGGUAAAUGCAAUGGCAUACGCGAUUGUGACGAUGGCAGCGAUGAAACCGCUCGGUUAUGCAAAGCGAUGACCUGUACGGAAAAACAAUUUAAAUGUGAUUAUGGUGCAUGCGUACCGCUGAAUGCUGUUUGUAAUGGAAAAGUGGAGUGUUGGGAUGAAACCGAUGAAAACCCAGAGUUGUGUGAAACAAAUAGAGUUGCUCCAGAAGCGGUCACAACAACAUUAAGACCGCCGACAAUUCCUAAUGCUAAAAAUGUUACAACGAGCGGAAUAAGUACAACCACAACAACUAUUAUACCUAUUCUUGAAAUGCCUAUCGAAGUUGAAGACAGUGACAUAGAUAUGAUAGAUAUUACAACCAAUAAAGACCAAUUCGCUUCCGAAUCAAUAACGAGUCAACCAGAACCUAUAACAACUACAAUUAAAAAUUUCACCAACGGUUUGUAUAAUGUACAGCAAAAAGCACAGAAAGUUUACGAAAACUCAACUAAUACAAACAACAUCUCGAAUCACAUAGUCGAUAAUACUCAGGAAGCCAAAGUAGGAAUCAAUAGGCCGAAUAUCCCACUACACCUUAAUACAACAGCUGUUGAAAUAGAUGCACGUAUAAGUCUAGAUACCGAAGAAAUAUCUCAGGGCAUAAGUAAUACUAGACGUCUACCGGGAAUAGCGGGAAAUGAAAUAGCGGGUCCCAAAAGCAACACAUCUGAACCUAUAUUUACGACUACGGACGUAAACAUUCCACUAUCGCAAACGCAUCAAACACAGAUUCAUAAUACAACAAAUUACAAUGGUAAUCCAGCUAAGCGUCCAACACAUCUCGAUAAACAGGUAUCUUACACUUCAAAAUCCGGGCCAUCAACGCCACCAAAAUUCGACACCGUAUCUACCACCUUACAAACUACACCUCUCACUACAACUUUGCUCAGACCUGUUGCAGCCGCCAAAAGUAAGUGUAAUUUUGGCGAAUGCGCUCUUCCGCUAAUUUGUGAAAUUUCGAACCCCAACUCGACACAUUUAAGUAACACCAAUCGGCGCAUAUCUGCUGAAGAAGGUUCCCAUAUAACAUUUAGUUGCAGCAAAGGGUAUGAGUUAGAAGGUGCGAAACGCAUAACCUGUACUGAGCGUGGAUGGAGUCUUCAUAAUAAGCCAAAAUGCGCGAUUGCUUGUGAAGUGGACUUUUUAGCUCAAUGCACAUCACAAUUCGGAUGUUUAUAUAAAAGACCAAAUUCGAACUCACAAAUUUUCAUAACACCGAGUUUUACGGAGAGUAAAGUGGAGAAACACACUCAAAUUGAUUUUAAAUGCAGAGAAGGCUAUGAGUUGGAAGGUUUCAGAAGCAGAAUAUGUACGGAGAGUGGCUGGGCACAGCCCUUGCCCCAAUGCAUUAAAUAUUGCCAUUUGAACGCCUUGGAAAGGUGCGAGGGAGGGCUCAGCUGUGUAGUUUACAAUUCAAACACGAGAUCCUACAUGGAAUCUGGGGAAUAUUAUUGGAAUCAACUUUUGAGGAAAGAUUCUUAUGUCGAAUUCAAUUGCGGUCAUGGCUAUAAACUGGAAGGCGAAUAUCGUUCAACAUGCACCGGAACUGGCUGGGACAAUAUUACGCCCAAAUGCGUGAAAUCAUGUCGAGGACACCUUUUACCCAAAUGUGGUCAUCCACUUGUUUGUAAAUCCUACGAUUCAAAAACAAACUCGUAUAAAGAAAUAACUACUACAUCAAGUACGCUUUAUGCGCAAAAUAGUCAAAUUAGAUUCAAUUGCAUCAACGGUUAUCAGUUGCAAGGUGCAUAUCGCACAGUUUGUAAUUCGUUUCGUUGGAGUCAUGAGGGGGAUAAUGACUGGCCGAAAUGCAUUCCAGCUUGCAGUCUAGAUUAUGUUUUAAGCCAUAAGAAUUCAAUGAAAUGUUUUUAUUAUGGAUAUUCUCAGUCGAAAUGGUUAGAUAUCGACUAUUAUUUCAAUGACAGCUGGAUGCCGAAAGACUCCUAUAUUUAUUGUCGUUGUAAAAAUGGCAGCCAGAAGAGAUAUUUAAGCUGUACUGGAUUUGGUUGGGACUAUGAUUUUCCUAAAUGCGUUGAACAAAGAAGGCCAGCAUUUGUUACAAGGUGGUAUCCUGAAGAUAUAUGAAAAAUGUUUGUGUAUAUCAUUGCGCGAUUGAUAAUGAAGCAAUAAAAUAAGUUAACUACAUUGUUUUCCCUACAAAGUAGAACCGAUCAGCCAAUAAUAUCGAGCGUACGUCUAUCUAUUGGUUAACUAACAAUUAUACAUAUAUCAUAUUCUGCUAUGGACCAGAUGGAUCAAAAGGAAGUGUGCAAUUUUUAAGAAAUCAUUUCCAAAUAAAAAAUACAUAUAUUCAAA